AUGAGGUUAAGUUAAAAUAAUCUUAGCAGUCGUGACCAAUAGCAGUAAAUUAAAGAAAAAACGUCCCAAAUAAUUAUGUAUUUAUGAUGUAAUGUUUAAUAAACAAAAAUUAAACAUUCACAAAGCAUAAGAAAUGCAUCUUACUUCAUUUAUGAGAUCAGUCUUAUAUAGGGGAUCAUUCGCACUGUCUAAGAAAUUAACGCAGAAAAACAUCAUGACAACUCCCAGAAAAUUGCAAGAAAUUUUAGAGGAUUUGAAAGGCAAUCCCUAUUACGAAAAAUACGCGGAGAAGAUAACAGAGUUGCAAAAAAAUGCCCCGGAAGAAUUUAGUUCCAGAGUUGUUGACAUGGGUAAAUCAAAAACUAAGAAGCUAGAGGAGAUAAAGGGACAACAGUUCUCCCAACUCUUGAAUCCAAAAAAGAAGCUGGCACCAGAAGUAUCUCAGACGCAAGAGGAACACCUAGAUAAAAUAAUGAAGGUUGAUUUAAUAAAAAACAAGUCGAAGGAAGAAAUUAAAGAGAUAUGGGAAGAGUACCAUCAGACAAAGAAUUGCAUUGCUGCUGUUAUACCAUCAGAGAACUUCAAAACACUGGAAGAAAAUUGUGUAAAAUACCCAAUGUUUUUGUUUCCAUUGCCCAGAACUCAGGGCUAUGAGUUUAUAAUGUUGCAGUUCGAGAAGAGGACAGCACAUUUCACUCCUUUGCUGUACUACCAAGUCCAUAAUGAAAAUGCACCAGAAUGUUUAACAAUCACCCAUUACGAAGAUUUUAAAGAAAGUAAAGGAAUUGUUUUAAUGAGGGGUGAAUAUGAUAAAAACAUUAUAAAUGCAAAAGAAGCACAGUGUCUUGCUAACCAGUUACAGUUGUAUUAUACUCAGGAUGAUAAACAGAAACAGAAGUUGUUGGAUACCUUUACCCACCACCCUGAUACUUUUGAUCAUAUGGAUUUAGUAAAGGAAAUUAGUAAUAUAUCUUUAAAAUAGGAAAUCAAUUUAGUAUUUAAGUAGUAGUAAGUAAAGAGUCGUAUUUUGUAAAUAAAAAAAGUAUGAAAUGUUGACAAAAAUUGAUGAAAAAAACAACUGGGU